AUGGCGGACCGAUAUUCAUUCUCCCUGACAACCUUUUCCCCCAGGUACGGCCCUUGCACCAUCCCCACCCCCCUCCAUCCAUUCCUGUCUCCGCCCGCUAACCCAUCAACAGCGGAAAGCUGGUGCAAAUCGGUAAGACAGCUCCCAACCACCGACCACCGACACCCAACCCAUCUAUCUCCAUUGUCAUCCCGAACCUCUCGCCAGGAGAUCGCCAUCGCUAACCUUGGAACCUCACCAGAAUAUGCCUUGAACGCCGUUAACCAGGGUGUCACCGCCCUGGGCAUCAAAGCAACCAACGGCAUCGUCCUCGCCACCGAAAAGAAAUCCUCCUCCCCCCUCAUCGACCCGCCUUCCCUCUCCAAGAUCUCCCUGAUCACCCCAGACAUCGGGAUGGUGUACGCCGGCAUGGGCCCCGACUACCGGGUUCUCGUCGACAAGGCGCGCAAGGUCUCGCACACAGGUUACAAGCGGGUGUACAACGAGUACCCGCCCACACGUAUACUGGUGCAGGACGUGGCGCGAGUCGUGCAGGAGGCUACCCAGUCCGGAGGUGUGCGGCCGUACGGAGUCAGUCUGCUCGUUGCGGGCUGGGACGAGGGCGUCGAGCCUGAAGUUGAGUCCGACGACAAGGAGAAGCCUUCUGGCAAGACGGGCGGUAUCUUGAAGGGCGGCCCGAGUCUGUACCAGGUUGAUCCUAGCGGCAGCUAUUACCCGUGGAAGGCGACUGCCAUUGGCAAACACGCGACCAGUGCCAAGACCUUCUUGGAGAAGCGCUACACGGAGGGUCUGGAGCUGGAAGAUGCGAUCCAUAUUGCGCUUUUGACGCUUAAGGAGACCAUUGAGGGGAGAGAUGAAUGGGGACACAAUAGAGAUUGGUAUUGUUGGCCCACCGGCAGAUCACUUGCUGGGCUACGAAGGAGUGGAGGAUUCGCAGGCCCCGAGGUUCCGAAAGUUGACCAAGGAGCAAAUCGAGGACUACCUGACCAAUCUAUGAGAGAAGACUAG